AUGAGGAGAUUUUAUCUCUUACCUUUUGAGGAUGACUCAUAUAGGUGUUGUCAAUCUAAGAGGUUUAGGAUAAAAAUAAUGUUCAUGGGUGUAAUUGGGAGGCCAAUUUAUGAUUCAAAUGGAUUGGAAAUCCAUGAUGGAAAGUAUGGAAUAUACCAUUUUGUUCAUUAUGUAAGAGCAAAGAAAAGAAGUUGCAACAGAGAAGUAGGGACCAUUGAAACAAAGCCAGUUGAAUCAGUUACAAAAGAAGUCAUCAGAAGAAUACUAAUUGACAAUGUCAUACCUAGCAUUAUGCAAAAUUGGCUUGCCUUUUUACCAAUGAACAUUCAAUUGCAGCGGGAUAAUGCAAGACCACACAUAUCAGUUGAUGAUAUGGAAUUCAAACAAGCUGCAACACAGAAUGGCUUCAACGUACAACUAGUAAAUCAACCACCCCAAUCCCAUGAUCUCAACUUGUUGGAUUUAUGUUUAUUCACGGAUCUUCAAUCAAUUCAUAAUCAAUCAUUUCCACAGAAUAUAGAUGAGCUUAUAGCUAGAGUUCAAGAUGCAUAUGAAUUCUAUGACACAGAAAAGAUUAAGUUUGCAUGGUUAGAGUUACAAUAUGUGAUCACUGAAAUUUUGAAAGACAAAGGGGGUAACAAUUACAAGAAUCCUCAUCAUGGAAAAGCAUAUUUACAAAGAAUUGGGAAAUUGUCAGAGAAUGUUGAGAUUGAACAAUCCCUACUUGAUGAGGCAGUUAAGUACCUUAAUGAAAGGGAGGUUCCUAUAUUUUCUAAUGUGCAUGACUUUAAUGAAUGGGAUGAAGUUGAUGCAGAUUCAUUUAUUUUUGACAUUGGUAACAUACCAAUGCAAUUUCAUUUUCAUAUUGAUGCAACAAUUAAUGACUGCUACACCUAA